AUGCCAGGCCCCCAGCUCCACUGGGCGAGUCAAAGCCAGCUUGCCAGCGAUUGGCAGACAUCGAUCUUCAAGCAGCAGCACCACAAACAGAAGCCAGCCUGCUCCGGACACCCUCAACUCGACCAAGUCAUUGCCAACUUUCCCAACCUCAGACGGCUGUUCAUCGAGGCCAGGUCAGAAGAAGAGGAACGAGAAGUCUCAAGAAAAGCAUUCUACAAUGCCGUCCUCUUCAUGAGCUCGGUGGCCAUCUUCAGCUUGAUUGCGCAGAGACUGAACGCCAGGCAAUGA